AUGAGACUCAUUCUGCUUCUACUCUUCUUAGCUGUGGCGACCCACGCAGGUUUGCUGGAUCUUGGCAAAGUCAAAGAAUUCUUCAAAGGAGGAAAUUUCGGCGAAAAAAUUAAAGCCGCAACACUCUCGAAGUUCAAAAAGCUCUUCGAAAAGACUGGCGUUCUUUCACUUGGCAGCAAAUUGACUGAGUUGAGAAGUAAGAUGAUGAAAAAGCUUCAACUAUCGAAUGAAAAGAAAGCAGAAAUUGAUCGCAAGCUCAAGGAAAUUGAGGAGAGACGAGAUGAUACCGUUGAAGACUUGAAAGACACGAUAUUCGAAAUCAAUUCAGAAAAGAACGUCGGCAAAGUUCUUUUCCAGAGUGAUAUCCUACUGACAAAGUCAGAGGCAACAAGAAGAAGUAAUGGAAGCCGUCGAAGGAACGUCCGCUCGAUCAAAAGACAAGCGUUCAAGGAUCAAGCAUAUCCUAACACCACAUGGCAACAAGGAGUCUUCUACCGCUUCGACGAUGGUGUAGACUUCAUUACAAAGCGAAUAUUCGAAAAGGGGGCGAAACAAUGGGAAGAAGCAACAUGCCUCAAUUUCACCGAAGAUAAGGACAAAAAAGCUGAAAACAGCAUUGUGCUAAUCAAGGAAGAUGGCUGCUGGUCGUAUGUAGGACGGGUCGGUGGUGAGCAACCUCUCUCACUUGGUGACGGCUGUGAUCAGGUUGGAAUCGCUACACAUGAACUCGGUCACGCGCUUGGGCUCUUCCACACCAUGUCACGAUACGAUCGUGAUGAAUUUAUUACAGUCGUUCUUGAUAAUGUUGUGGAAGAUGGUUGCUGGUCGUAUGUAGGACGGGUUGGUGGUGAGCAACCUCUCUCACUUGGUGACGGCUGUGAUCAGGUUGGAAUCGCUACACAUGAACUCGGUCACGCGCUUGGGCUCUUCCACACCAUGUCACGAUACGAUCGUGAUGAAUUUAUUACAGUCGUUCUUGAUAAUGUUGUGGAAGGUUUCGUAGAUCAAUACGUGAAAGAGACAAAUGAAACCACUACCAACUAUGGAUUUACCUAUGAUUAUGGUAGCAUUAUGCAUUACGGAGCAGCCAGCGCCUCUCACAACAAGAAACCCACAAUGGUAGCCAAUGAUACAAGGUACCAGGAGUCGAUGGGCUCGCAGAUCAUUUCAUUCAUUGAUAAGUCUAUGAUAAACGAUCACUACAAUUGCAAAGGAUUCCCUCAUCCACGAAAGUGCUCUGAAUGUAUUUGUCCAAGCGGCUAUGGUGGCACUCUUUGCGACAAGCGACCGCCUGGAUGCGGAGACACAUUGAAAGCGACAGAGCGCAAGCAGAUCAUCGUCAAAAGACUUGGUUUUGGUGGUGUAAGGGACGAGUUCGAGUUCUGCAACUACUGGAUUGAGGCUGAUGAAGGAAAGAAGAUUGAAAUUACGGUCAAAUCUAUUUCACACGGCUACGCUCAUGACGGCUGCAUUCUAGGAGGCGUGGAAAUCAAGACCACUGACGAUCAAACUCGAACUGGAUACCGAUUCUGCUCACCAACCUAUCGCGACGCAGUGCUUGUUUCGGCCUCAAAUCGCGUGCCCAUAAUCAUGUUCAACAGAGCCGGCCAGCAACAAUUUAUAUUGGAAUACAAAAUCAAGUCAUAA